CUGGGGUAGACUGCAGACAUUGUGGACUUCAGCCCAUCCCAAGACCAGCAGAAUUUCCCUGGACAGGGCUGGAACCAAGGACCAAGAUCUACUCAGUUCCAGGCGCCCUGCACCUGCACUGACCGGUGAUGGCAAGCAUGCUGUUGAAUUCUGCCAAUAAGCUGGCAUUCGAUGCCUGGGUGGAAGAGACAGGUAUCGACUUGGUCCAGGUCAAUGGGCAAAGGAAGUUUGGUGGGCCCCCUCCAGGUUGGAUGGGAAAUCCUCCGUUGACUGGCUCCGAGGUGUUCGUUGGGAAGCUGCCCCAGGACGUCUACGAGGACAAACUCAUCCCGCUAUUCCAGGCAGCGGGCAAGCUCUAUGAGUUCCGCCUGAUGAUGACCUUCAGUGGGGAGAACCGGGGCUUUGCCUAUGCCAAGUACGCCAACCGCUGGUACGCCCAGUGCGCCAUCGCCAUGUUCAACGGAUACCAGAUCCGUGACGGCUGCCCCAUCCUGGUGUGCCGCAGCACGGAGAAGAAUGAGCUGUGCGUUGCGGGCAUCCCGUGGGGCAGGGGCCGGGCGGAGGUGAUGGACGUGGUCAAGGAGCUGACCGACGGUGUGUCCGACCUCUCCCUUCACCUCAGUGCCGACCGCAGGAAGAAGAUGACCAUGUUUGCCGUGGUGAAGUAUGAGAGUCACCGGGCGGCGGCGAUGGCAAAGAAGAAGCUGGUUGAAGAUUGCAUUGAGCUCUGGGGCCAACCCAUUGAGGUUGACUGGAUGAAACCUGAUGGAAGGCAGAAGGGUCAGCAGAUGCUUCUAUCCGAAACACAGCCCAGCCUUCAAGUGUCGGCCUGGCCUGUGAUGACCAGAGGACUUUGCUUGCCGCCGAUCAAGUCUGCCACAUGUGCUGCACCCACUGCCCGCUUUGCUGGCCGCAGUGGCUUCUCUCCCUCGGGGGAGAGGGGGGAGAAGAUCCAGCGGCCAUUCCCUGAAGUGCCGUGCCCGCUGAACGUGGCCUGUGAUGUUGUCCGCCUCUUGGACGCCUACUGCCUGAAGAAGAGGCUGGGCAAGCCGGUAUACAGCGUGCAGUCUCUGCGCUCCAACCAGCACCGCUUCUUGUUUAAGGUCUUCCUGCCUGGACUCACCGCCCACUUCAGUGGGAUGGUUACGCUGACCCCAGAGGAUCUGGCUUCUGGCCGGGAUGUUCCAAAGGAAGAAGCGGCACGUCAGGUCCUGAUGUACUUGGGUGAGUCAACCUUGUUUCCCUUGACCAUGUCUACCACCCCAUGUCUACCAGGAUGGCACAGCGGCAGGGUUGCUGCCUUACAGUGCCAGAGACACGGGUUCCAUCCUGACUACUGGUGCUGUCUGUAUGGAGUUUGUACAUUCUCCCCGUGUGCUCGCGGAUUUCCUCCGGGUGCUCCAGUUUCCACCCACCCUCCAAGGACGUACAAGUUUGUAGGUUAAUUGGCUUCUGUAAAUUGUCCCUAGUGUGUAAGAUACUGCUAGUGUACAGAUGAUCGCUGAUCGGCGUGAACUUUUGGGCUGAAGGACCUUUUUCUGCACUGCAUCUCUAACGUCUAACGGUUAGAUAGGGCGCAAAAACAGGCCCUUCAGCCCACCGAGUCCGAGUAAAGAAAUUCCUCCUCGUCUCUUUUCUAAAGGUACGUCCUUUUAUUCUGAGGCUAUACCCUCUGGUCCUAGACUCUGCACUGGUGGAAACAUCCUCUCCACAUCCACUCUAUCCAGGCCUUUCACUCUUUGGUAAGUUUCAAAGAAAUCUUCCCUCAUUCUUCUAAACUCCCAACAUGUAUAAACCCAAUGCCGUCUUGACGCUCAUCGUUAACCCCCCCCCCACCCCCAGUCUUUUGUUUAGAUAUCCUCAUUUGUUGUCUUUCCUGUGACAAUGGAUCCACAGGCCACAUUUGCACAUCUCCCAUUACCUCUCCAGCUGCUGCUAAUGGGGUCCCUUCCCACUCACCACCGUCCGUCUCUUUUCAUCCAAUCCUUUCAUGAAGCUUUUAUACUGUCUGCUUUCGACAUCCUUGCUCAUCGCAAUCCCUCCUGAUUUCUCUUUCUUUGUUUCUGCCGUCAAACCCGCUCUCGCAGUUCCCUGCAUUUGUCUAAAAGCUUUUAAACCGAGUUGCCGCUAAAUCCUUGGGGCUCCUUAUAAUGUUGCUGUUGUAACCAGGGAACAAAUAAGUCAUCUUGUUCAGAUCUGUAUAACCCAUUUGUAUACAUUUGGGUCAACAAAAGCUUUAUCUUUUAAGGUUCAUGCACUUGGGAAAGGAUGUAU